CGCCUUUUAACUUGACUAAACUAAAUAUUGAUAAUGAUGGAAGUGGUACUAAACAGACUCAGGGAUUUCUCCUCUAAGAGUUCACAGUUUGAGUGCAGAUCUGGAGCCGUGGUGACAGGGGGGCUGAGGCUGGACGUGGCACCCAGGGCAGAGUGCUUCCGAGCGGGGUGCACAGCGGGGCGAGGAGAGGGCAGGCUGGAUAUCGAGAGCGCCCUGGCCUGGCUCAGAACAGAACUGAUGGAGAUGCGUUCCCAGGACCAGGCCCUGAUUCGUCAGCUGAUGGAGCUCCACUCAGGCAUACAGGAGCUGAAGCACGAGCUGGAGGAGGAGGAAGAGGAGGAGGAGGUGCCUGGGGAGAGGGAGAGCAGUGUGUGGGACAGUGACAGCGACCACAGCAGUAACAGCAGUCAGUACUCCAGCUCAGGGGAAGUGUCUUAUCUGGCAACCCCUGUGAGACUCUGUACACGAGUACUGAACAAAAGAGGUGUGAUCAGGAGGAGCUCUGUGCCCUGAACCAGUAACCAAGCUCACAUUUUUGUUUACUUAAAGCUUCACUGCGUAACAUUUCAGCAAGAUUAUAUUUUAUUAUGUAAAAUAGAAAACAUUCAUAUUGAAAUAAGAGAGCAGUGAUCAAGAGGAGCUCUGAGCCCUGAAUACAUAACCGAGCUCAUACUUUUGUUUCCUUAAGGCUUCACUACGUAACAUUUCAGCAAAAAAGAUUAAGGUUGCAUGUUUUUCAGUGCACAAUAGAAAACAUUUAUAUUGAAAAUAACAAGAGAGCAGUGAUCAGGAGGAGCUCUGUGCCCUUUACUUAAAGCUUCAGUAUGUAACAUGAGAGUAAAGAUGCAUGUUUUUCAAUGCAUAAUUAAAUAAAAACUGCUAAUAGAGGUGCAUGAUUUUUAAUGCACUCAUAUUGGAAUUGUUUAUAAAUUGUUAUUGUUUACUGUUUAUUUUAUUUAAAAAGCUUCACGGUGUAACAUUUCAACAAAAAACUGUAAGCGUGCAUGUUCUUUGAUAUAGUUUUGAAAUAUAAAACAAUCAUAUUAAAAUAAUCAAAAAGACAUUGAUCAGAAGGAGCUCUGUGACUGCACACUAACCUCAAAUGUUGAAAUGUAUUUUGUACUUAAAGUUUCACUAUGUAACAUUUCAGCAGAAGAAAAGACUAGCAAAAGGGUGCAUGUUUUAAUACACCCAUAUUGAAUAAAAAAGAAAGCAGUGACUAAGGAGCGCUCUGAGAACUUCUGUGUCGUAAUUAGUUUUCUUUAUUUAAAGGUCCACUGUGUAACUUUUCAGACAUAGAUACAUACUGUACGUACAUUCUGGCAAUAAAAAAGCCCAUUUUAUAUUCUAGUCAUAAGAUGAAUGUUAUGCAGUGGAGCUUUAAGAUUCUAAACAUAAGAUAUACAAGUUGAGUGUAAUGAAGUUUUAUGACAAAGGAUUGAAAUGUCCUGUUUACUACUGGUUACUAUUGUGUACUAUUGACUCCCAUACAUUUUAUGGUAGGGUAUUGGAAAUGUGAUUGACAGUUCUUGUGUUUGGCAAGAUGAAAUUUUAUAGAAAACCUGAAUUUUGAUGCCAAAUAUUAACUAUGUGCACAUGUCUUGACUUUUUAGUGUCAAAUUUUUAUAGUUUGGGGCGAGUAGUCAUGCAACCUUGACACAACCUAAAAUGUUUUGUGUAAAAUGUUUAGUGCUAGAAAAAUAUAUGUCCUAACUAAUCAUUUUCAUGAGUCAGUUGUUGUCAUGUAAUUAAAGUGCACAUAUUAUGCCAUUUCUUGAGUUCUUUCCUCAUCAAAAACAUACCUGGAGCUGUGUUUUGUGUAAUUUGUUUCACACAUGUUUAAAACAAAUCUUACAUAUACACUGAGUUCUUCUCUCAAACGGAAAACACUUGUGAUAUUACGCGGUACAGGAAGUGCUCCAUACACCUUCACUAGAAUCUUUUGGGUGUUUUCAGUCCUGGAAUUGCCAAUCUAUACUGAAUAAAAGGUAAACUGUAACUCGAAAAGUACCACUUCAGGACAUCAUAACACGGAACAGAGCAUUUUGAGUGAAUGAAACAAAACACUACUGUGGGUAUGUUUUUGAGGAGGUAACAUUAUAACACUUAAAGCUCGCAGGAGUAGAUUUUGCAUAAUAUAGGACCUUUAAAUGUAGUGUGAGUUACUGUAGUGCAUGAGAUGCUUGAUGACCACAAAUGUAUGUGCAGCACUGAAGCUUACUGACCUUUAGGGGCUGUGGAAUGUGCUCAUAAAAUCAGACUCUGGUUUAUUGUGUCCAUAUAAUGUAUGCACUGACUGUUGUAGCAUGAACAUGAUUUAGCUGUUUCACUGUUAACUCCAUCAAGAUGAAUGUAGACUGGUCAAAUAUGAAUGUAUGUAACAUGUUGAUUUAUGUGUUAAACAGGUACUGUGGGGUAAUGCAGUAUGCCAGUAAAAUAA